AUGGCGAUCGCGAUGCCGCCGCUGCCGAGGGCGUCACAGCGAAUCCGAUAUUCCAAGAAAAAAGGGGCACCGCCGGAGAGGGACUGGGCGGAGCUGCGCCCGGACCUCAUCUCCCUCAUCCUCCACCGGCUGGACCAGGCCGAGCUCCUGGUCGGCGGCGUGGCGGGCGUUUGCCGCUCCUGGCGCCGCGCCGCCCGGGAGCAGCCGGAGCUGUGGCCCCGCGUCGACCUGCGCGAAGGCCUCUGGUACGUCCCGCCGUUCCGCCCCAAGAUCAGCAUCGAGAGCAUGGUGCGCAAGGCCCUGCGUCUCGGCGCGGGACAGACAGAGGCCUUCCUGAGCGAUGGCGUCGACAACCACACGCUCCUGCUGCUCGCCCAGCGGGCACCCUCGUUGAAGAGCCUUCAUCUCAUCACGUGCUCUGUCUCCAACCUCGGAUUUGCAAAGGCGAUCAAGAUGUUACCUCUGCUCGAGGAGCUUGAGAUUUCACGACCUACAUAUUGCAAUACACGAGAAAUGGUUGAACUAGUCGCAGGAAUAUGCCUAGAGUUGAAGCACUUCAGACUUGUCAUGCAUGGCCUUGAAGGCAGGCGUACUAGUGCCAGGGUAGCAUCUUUGGUUGCAAGGAUGCACAAGCUACGCUCCUUGCAUCUUGUCCGCCUUAAACUUGACAAUGAAGAGCUGGGAACCAUCCUUGACAAUUGCCACGACCUAGAGUACCUCGACAUGCGAGAGUGCAGCCUUGUUGACAUGGAUAACAUGGAUGACAGCCCACGAGUGAAGCUUGCCCAGAUCAAUAUGGAUAACCAUGAGUACUCCAGUGACCAACAGGUUGACUAUGAGUACAAGAUCCGUAGUAUUCAUUACGAACUCAACUACCGUGAACUUAGAGAUGGUUCGCUUUCCUACUAUCCGGAUUACAACGACUCCUAUGAGGAAUAUUGCUACUACAUUGGUAGUGGUGAUGGUAUUGACGAUGCCGAUCUCGAACAGUAUGAGAAAAUCCUUGAUGUCAAGAUCAUGCGUAGGUACCUAAGCUAA